CGUCACUUUCGUCACUUCUGGAAAUAAGAGUUCGACCGUAAACUACAUCCGAGAUCGUCUUUAACGUCCAAUCUGUUUGAAUAACGUUCAGAUUUUAGACGACAAAGCAUGCCGCUGCUGUACCCCAUGUGUUUUGGUUACAAGAUCGCCAGUGGCGUAUUGUUUUUCAGUGUGCAGCAUGUCAGACGGAGAAUCGAUCUCUGUGGAUUAUGAAGUAUUUGGAAGAGUCCAAGGAGUCUUUUUUCGGAAAUAUACACAGGCCCAGGCCAAGAAGCUUGGCCUUGUAGGUUGGGUCCAAAACACAGGUGCGGGAACUGUGCAAGGGCAGCUGCAGGGCCCACGCAAAAAGGUGACAGAAAUGCAACAAUGGCUCAAAUCCACUGGGAGUCCCAAGUCACAGAUUACCAAGGCAGAGUUCAAGAAUGAGAAAACUGUUGUCCAUCUUGAUCACUCGUCUUUUGACAUUGUAAAAUGACUCGUACUUUAUUAGCCUACAAGCACUUAUUUAUUUUGUCUGUCCUUUCUUAAUAUUUGUUUAAAUGUGUUACUUAUAAUGUACAGUAUUGAAAAAUGCACAAAAAU